UGUUUUCAGUGACAACGAGAAACACACUCCUGAUAGCGAACUGUCCAAGACUCUGGACAUUGGGGUCAAAUACAGCAUCUAUGUCAUACUGAAAAGAUUUGAUGGCUCGACCAACUACAUUCAUUUUACUGCUGGUAAUAUCGACCUACAAAAGCCAGUGAUGCAGAAUUUGGAGGUGACAAAUGGCCUUAGAGGACUCAAUCUGACGACCAUCAUACAUGUUCCAGUAAAACUCAAAGGCAAAGACAUCUGGACAAAUGUGGACAGCCUAAAUAUCCAGGGAUGCACUAGAGGGGGGGAGAAGAGCCCAAUCAUCACAGACCUGCAGCACACCUUCAAGGACAACAAGGAGCCUGAUGUGAACUGCUCCUUUGCUGUGUGUCUGGAGUUCAGGUGUACGUCAUACAUGACUAGAGACGCCCGCAGAGUUUACACAAUCUCAGGGAACGUGAGCUCAGGAUGGAUCGAACAGACGGGGCUGCGUUCAGCUUCGUUCCAUUUGGUCAGCUCUGCCACGCUGGAGUAUGACAACAACAAAUACAUCUUCUACUCCUCCGACUCCUCAUGCCUCGCACCUGUUGCCAGGAUUGAGACUCUUGUGGAGGUCUACGAGGAGCCAAAUCUAACUAAGGAGAUCAUUGGUGGAGUAGUGGGUGGUCUGAUCCUAUUGGCUCUCAUGACAGCUGGCCUCGCCAAGAUGAAUGUUCAAGUGUUCCAACACCAACUUCUGCAAACGUCCUGCAAAAGCGAGCUUUAA